AUGGGACAUCCAAUGCAAAAAAAGACUGUGUGCAUUUGGUUUAUCGCGCUUUUGUGUUCACUGGCAGUGAACGCAGCGCAUAUAUCCUACUCCGUAUCGGAGGAAGUCGAUAAAGGAACGUUUGUAGGAAAUAUUGCAAAGGAUUUCAAUAUAAAUGGACAAGAACUUGAGUGGAGAGGACUGCGGAUUGUAUCUGGACAUAAUAAGAGGUAUUUUGAUGUAAAUUUGAAGACAGGAGUGUUAUUUGUUAAUGAGAGGCUCGACAGGGAGGAGUUUUGUGGUAAUUCGGAUAAGUGUGUGAUUAAUAUAGAAGCCAUUUUAAAUAAUCCUGUACAUCUUAACAGAAUAGAAAUACAUAUUUUAGACAUAAAUGACAACGCGCCGUUCUUUCUAGAAGAAUCAUACUGUGUUAAUGCCUCUGAAUUAGCAAUAAUUGGAGAAAGAUUUCCAUUACCAGUAGCGAACGAUGCAGAUUCACGCAGUAAUUCUGUUAAAAACUAUAAGCUGAGCCCGAAUGAGCAUUUCUCUCUUGAUGUACAGAGCGGAGGAGAACACGGUGUGUCCGCUGAGUUAGUGCUACAGAAAGCAUUAGACCGAGAGAAACAGCCUGUAAUACAGCUCACCCUGACGGCAAUAGAUGGAGGAAAACCAGCGAAAUCUGGUACAUUAGGUAUAACAGUGAAUAUUGAGGAUGUGAAUGAUAACAUUCCGGUUUUCAGUAAACCGCUUUAUAAGGUCCGUGUGGCUGAAAAUACACCAGUUGGAACUACUAUAAUUAAACUGGUUGCUACAGAUUUAGACGAGGGCGUUAACGGAGAGCUGGUGUAUUCUUUAACAGCGGGAGGAAGUCCAAAGAUCUUUGAUAAAUUUGUCAUAAACUCCAUAACUGGUGAAAUUACUACAAAGGAAAGAUUGGAUCGUGAGGAAACUUCAGCAUACGAAAUUCGUGCACAGGCUCGAGACAGAGGUUCUCCCUCCCGUAGCACACACUGCAAAGUGCUUGUUGAAGUUUUGGACAUUAAUGACAAUGCACCGGAGAUUUCGGUGUCUUCUAUGAUGCAUUCUGUUAAAGAAGACUCAGCGUUAGGAACAGUAGUAGCAUUAGUUACAGUCACUGACAAAGACAGUGAACAAAAUGGAAGUACUAAGGUGCACUUUAUAGGUCACGUGCCGUUUAUUCUCAAACAAUCCGACAAAAAUUACUUUUCCUUAAUUCUCGGUGAUUCGUUAGACAGAGAAAGUGUAUCAGAAUAUAACAUCACUAUCAAAGCUACUGAUGAAGGGACUCCACCUCUGUCCAGCACCACUCUCAUUACUGUGCAUGUUUCUGACGUGAAUGACAACGCGCCCCGUUUUCUAGAACCCGUCAUUAAUGUGUAUGUAAAAGAAAACAGUCAGGUUGGAGCUGUUAUUUAUACAGUAUCUGCUUUCGAUCCUGAUGUGGGUGAUAAUGCAAAGGUAUCAUACUCAUUUCAAGAAAGCUCGAAAACAGUCCCUGUAACAUCUUUAAUCAGCAUAAACUCUGACAGUGGAGACCUUUAUAGUCUGCAGUCUUUUAAUUAUGAGAAAAUGAAAAUGUUUCAGUUUAAAGUUCAGGCCACAGACUCUGGUGUUCUUCCACUGAGCAGUAACGUGACUGUGAAUGUUUUUAUCCUGGAUGAGAAUGACAACAGUCCCGAGAUUCUCGCUCCCUAUUCUGAUCAUGGAUCUGUUCACUCUGAGAACAUUCCCUACUCUGCUGAAGCGGGUUACUUUGUAGCCAAGAUUAGAGCUGUAGACUCAGAUUCUGGAUAUAACGCCCUGCUUUCUUAUCACAUCUCUGAACCCAAAGGAAACAACCUCUUCCGGAUCGGAACCAGUAGUGGAGAGAUCAGGACUAAGAGAAGAAUGAGUGACAAUGACCUGAAAACUCACCCACUGGUCAUUUUGGUUUCUGAUAACGGAGAGCCCUCACUCUCAGCCACUGUGUCUGUUGAUGUUGUGGUUGUUGAGAGCACAGGUGACAUAAAGACUCAGUUAAAACACACACCAAUAAAGGAGGACACUUUCUCGGACUUAAACAUAUAUCUGCUGAUCGCCAUUGUGUCAGUUUCAGCGAUAUUUUUACUGAGUCUGAUCAGUUUAAUGGCUGUAAAAUGCUGCAGGACCGAUAGCAGUUUCAGCAGAUACAGCGCCCCAGUGAUCACCACACAUCCUGAUGGAAGCUGGUCUUACUCCAAAUCUACUCAACAGUAUGAUGUAUGUUUUAGCUCGGACACAAUGAAGAGUGAUGUAGUGGUUUUCCCUGCAUCAUUUCCACCUGCAGAUGCUGAAUUGAUCAGUAUAAAUGGAGAUGACACGUUUAACAAAACGCAGACACUUCCAAAUAAAGAGAAGGUAAGAUAA